UAUGCACGCUUCCUACAUAAUGGUGUUUGACUUUUGAAAGAUUGUUUACAAGCAAACUUAGUGCAUAACAAUAGUUGAUAAAUUGAUCAUAUACAUUGUGGUGUUUUAAUCUCUCAACGAAGUUUUAUCAAAACCAAUUCAAAAUGAUUAUAUAUAAAUAUUUUGUUUAAUUAUUAUUUGUGCUUAGAUUAGUUAAAGACAUUAUAUCUUUGACCCACUUGUUGCGUUUAGGUUAUGGUCCUAUAAACAAAAAUAUGUUUUACAUAAAUGUCUGGGUUGUGUAAUAAAUCAGUAAGAAUUAGAGGGUAGGAAUGGAGGGACCAGGUAUAAGCCUAUUUCUAGGUGACAGUUUACAAUUAAAUAUCAGCAAAGAAAGAUUAGAAGAAGAUGAAGAAAAGGAGGAUUUUAAACGACGUAAUGAAGAGAUCGAUCAUUUGUUGACCAAUGCAUUUGACGAUUUAGAAAAUGACGAUGAAGAUGAUGACGAUGAUGAUGAUGAUGAUGAUGAUGAUGAUAUCAGUUCAGCUAAUAGCAGCCAUUAUCGUUGCAGUGCCAAAGAAAAUGAACAUACCAAUAUGACUAAACCGAGACUACCUUUCAAAAUGCAGACGUCUACACAAUUAUCUAACGAUUCUGGAGCGUACGAUCAUGUAGACAAUUCGAUGAAUUAUAAUUACGAAACGACGAAGAAUUACAGGAUGGAAUCUGAUAUUGGAUUGAGUACUUCUGACAUUCAAAGAGAUGCAAGCUUGUGCGGUACGACGGGAACGACGCCGCUUAAAAAUAACAAAUCAAUAGAAGAGGAUAAUUUAACGACGGAAAGUUCGUACAAAUUGGCAAGACUUCCAAAUUCUAGUUAUUGUCCUAGAAAUCUGGCAAGUCGUGCGGAAGACGGUUAUACGUUUAACGACAAUUAUCCUCACAAUUAUGAAACACCAUCUAAUCAUUACAACAAUCAUGGAAAGCAAUAUUUUAAUAAUGGUUAUAUCGAAAAUUAUGGGAACAAUGUACAAUGCAAACAGAUUUACGAGUUUGGUGGAGGUGACAAUGUUACUUCGGAAGAGGUCAAUCACCGUUCUAAAAUUAGUCCAAAUGGAAAAGGGUUAAUCGACGAUAACACGAUAUAUAAAACUACUGAGUAUAAUAGCAAAGAACAACUCGAAGUUUUAUAUAUGAUUAGGAUGAAAAGUAUAGAACAAUUGACCGAAGAGUUGCAACAGCUACGACUGGAGAAAGAAACAGAGAAAGAUCAAUUUAAUCGUAAGGUAGUGUUGUUGCAGGCAGAAGUUGAAAGAUCAAACAUAUCUAGGGAUGAAGCGCAACAUGCUCUUAUCGAUGCCAAAGCAGAAAUUAUAGAUCUUCAAGGACAAAUGGCAUCGUUGAAAGAAAAAAAUGCUGUUUUAGAGACCACGAAUCAAAACAUGGCUGAGGAAUUAGCCGUCACGAAAGAUUCCGUAGUGGAUCUUCAAAAAAAAGUUAACGUCUUGGAACGAGUACACGCGCUGCAAACGACUGAUAAAGUUCACGAGAAAUUGUUCAAACAAGCUCAAGAAAAACACGCAGUAGAAAUAAGAAAUAUGCAAACUCAGAUAGAUGUACUUACGGAUAAGUUUAAUGCGAAGGAAGAAUCGUGCACAGUUUUGGAACACAAAUUGGCAGAUAUUAGAAGAUCUUACGAAACUUUGAUAGUGGAGAAAGGUGAUACCGUCAAUCGUCUUGGUCAAGCAUUGGAAAAAAGUCAAUCACAGUGUCGUAGUCUAAUGGAUAACAAUGAUCAACAAAUAUUGCAACUACAAGCUCAAAUUAAAAUGUUGUCUCAAGAAAAGGAAGACAUGUCGAGGACCAUUCAAGAUUUACAAAAUAAAUUAGAAGUAGCCAAGAAUGAGACAACGCAAUACGAUUCAUUGGCGACAACGUUCGAAGAAUCCGAUUCUAUAAGACAAAUGAAAUUAGGGGAUUUUCAUAACAAAUCCAAGUCGAAGCCAAUGGAUGAUAUUACAAAUAAAUUAAGGGGUGAAUUGCAAAGAUGCUUAGCGGGACAAGCUGUAAAAAGAAAAGAAAUAACGCUUUUAGAAAAUAAAUUGUCGCAAAAGGAAGAAGAACUAGCAAAGGCAUCCGCAGUAGCUGAAUCUUGUAGACAAGAAACGACUAAAUAUGCUAAACGCGUUAGCGAAUUAGAACAAGAACUUAAGUUAGUUCUUACAGAUGAAGCAUUGAAAGCGAAUGCUCAAAUCCAAAAAUUAUCUGAACAUUUGAACGAUGUAGAAAAACAAUAUGAACUGUUAAAGAAAGAAAAAUUCAAUUUAGAACAGAAAUUGGAAGAGGCGGAGGCUAUUUCUCAAGAGACUUUAAAUAAAUUGCAUCAAGAGAGUGCUAAGGUACAAGAAAAAGAGUUUGUCGAAGAGUACAACAAAGAAUAUUUAGAAAUACACGAUAAAGCUGUUGAAAGAGUAAGAGAGGAAGCCAAACUGGAAAUAGUACAAUUAAAUAUACAAUUAGAACAAACGCAAAAAGAAUUAGAUCACGUUAAGAAAUUGUACAUAGACGUUUGCGGUACGAAGGAGCAAUUGAUUAACGAGCAUAAAGAAGAAAUGAAAAUGUUAAAAGAAAAGUACGCUAAUUUGGACGAGCAUCAAAGAAAUGUGGAAAGAUUGGAGAAUGAAUUGGAUAAGCAACAAAAAUUUAUCGAAAAGUUGAAUAAGAAUAGCGAAAGUUAUACAAAUAAAAUAAUAGAAUUAGAAAAAGAUUUGGCUAUGGAGAAAAGAAAGAAAGAGGAAUAUACUAAAAAGAUUCAUCACGAGAUAGAAAGAGCGAAAGAAGAGGCAUUGAAAGAAUUAAGAAAUGCGCAUCCUAAUCAAGAAAUAAGUGUAUUAUUACCUGAUCAUUGUUCCGAACAUUUAGAAAGAAUUAAUAAACUCGAAGAAGAGAAUGUUAGAUUGGAAGAGAAAUGUCGAAUGGCGGAAGAGGAUCAUAAAAAAUUAUCAGAGUAUCAAACGGAAUUAGACGACACGAAAUUGAGGAUCGCGCAAAUGGAAAUUUGUCAGGAAUCUUGGAAGAAGAAAUAUGACAAUGCGAUUGCAGAAAGAAACAAAUUUCUUGCACGCAUAUCUUCCUUGGAUUCUCAAUUAUCGAUAUUGAAUAAAAAAUUAAACAGAGACGAUUCCGACGAGAUGAAAUUAAAGAUAACGAGGGUACAAAUAGAAAAUGAGAGUCUAAAGAGUCGUUGCGAAACGUUGUUGAGCGAGAAAAACGCGUUUAGGGAUAAAGUAACUCGAUUGGAAUUAGAAUUGUUGGAAUCUAAAAAGGUAUAUCAAAGUUUAGAUAAUAAGACGAAAAACGAGCUGACUUUAUCUAGUACGAAACAUAAAUUGGAAAAGGAAUUGUAUCAAUACAAAGAUUUGGUGACAAAACUGAGCGAUCAGUUGGAAGAGAAGGUACAGGAAUACGAUAACUUGAAGAAAAGGAUGAAGAAACUGGAAGAAGAUUUAGAAGAGAAAGAUAAGAAGCUUAAUAGAAUAAACGAUUUGGAUAAGGUUACAAAGGAAAGGGAUCUCCUGUUAAUGAGAUUAAAUAAUCAAGCGAAACGUUUCGAGGAAUGUAUGAAACAUCAAAAACAAGUGUCAGCAGAAUUGAAUUUAUCUCCUCGUACUUUAGGAAAUGAAAUGGAUUUACAAAAGAUCAGAGAAAUGGUGAUAAAGGAAGUUAGAGAAGAGAUGGAACAGAAGGUUACUCAAGAGCUAAAAGCUAUAGAAAUGCAACAUCGCGAUAAGAGGAGAGAAUUCGAAGAAAGGUAUAAGGUAGUAUUAUUGCAGAAGGAAAAGGAGGUGGAAACGUUGAAGCAGAGCUUAAAGAAAGAAACCGAAACGGUUUACUCGGUUAAACUUAUAGAAAAUAAAUUGAAAAGUUAUUGCGAAGAAUUGUUGGCGAGAAAGGUGUACAUCGAAAAAUUGGAAGAAAAAUUGAAACAACAGGACAACGAUAUAGGAGAGGAAAGAAACGCGAUGGUCCAAGUGAUGAACGACUGGCUCGUCGAACUGAAAAAUAUUAAGGCGAAGGAAGAGAGUUUGAAGGAUGAGAUAGAAAAGUUGAAAGAAACGGAAAAUAAUUUAAGAUUAGAAAGUAACGCAUUGAAAGAUGAGAUAGAAAAGUUGAAGGAAACGGAACAAAAUCUAAGAUUGGAAAGUGAAGCAUUGAAGGAAAAGGAAAAGGAGGCUAAACAAAAUAUAAAUAUAUUAAAACAUAAAUAUAAUAUAGCCAGGAAAACAGGCAGUAAUUAUAAGGAAUUUGUAAAGAAAAAAGAUGAGUUCAUUCAAAGCGAGCACAAGCGUUUAGAAGAGGGAUACAAAAAAGCCAUUAUACAAGUACAAAAAAGAUAUGAAGAAGUUAUUAGCGCUCAUAAAAAACAAAUGCAAAUGAAAUUUAGAAAACUAGAUUCUCAAUAUAAAGAGAGAAUAGAACAAAUGGAAAACCCAAAACAAGUACAAAACUAAUUGUUGAAAUAUGUAUUAAAUAUAAUAAUACCGAUAUGCAAUAUAGCUUUUAAAUCUAAGUUUAAACAAAAGCAAAAAUGCGUAGUUAGAAGAGGCUAGACGUUUGUAAAUUAAAUAGCGCACUUUAUUAUUAUAACACUAUUAGAAAAGGAAUUUUUAUAUUUUACCGAUUUAUAUAAGUUAAACAGUUAGCGUUAGCGUUAGCGUUUAGUAGUGUUCCUUUUUGACGUUUACACGAUUGAUAGAUACAAUGGUAAACUUUAAUAAUAGAAUUUUAAAUGAAAACUUUAAAGUACAAUUUUCCGGAUGCUCAUCAGAGUACUAAUAAUAAAAUAUAAUUAAAAUUUAAGCAAAUUAAUCAAAUGAAAAGCAAGAUAACGAAACACAUAUCUAUAACGACGAAAUAGAACAACAACAAAAUACAUUAGUUUUAUUAUUGUUUCUUAUGCCAUGAUUUUAUAAUUGUCUAAU